GCUGUAAACAGAGACCAGAGAGAGAAAGAAAGAGAGCACCCUCUCUCUCUUCCCCUUUCUCUCCCUCUCUGUCUAUCCAUCUUUCUAUCUGUCCUCCUGACUGCAGUCUGCAUACAGUGCCACACUGCUGCUGCUGCUCCUGCCGCUGCUGCUGCUGCUGUGAUAGGACCAAGUGGGAGGAACAGCUUCCUCUGUUUUGCCUUAAAAAAAUGACAAGACAUCUUCCUGGAGCUGCUGCUGCAGGGGUGGAUUUGGCUUCUAGGCUCCUGCAUUGCACAAUCUCUCCUCUCUGAUAAAUAAGACAAGAAGACGGAGCACUUGAAGACACUGAGGAGUAGCAGUAGGACGCAGAGGAGCCACAGUGGGGUGAAGGGGGUGUGGGGGAUAAUAGAUUAAAAAGAGAAGAAGGAGAGAAGUUGAAUGGCAGAGGAGGUAUGAGGAAGGAAACGAAAGCAGGGGGUGGACACAGUGAAAAGAAGACAGAGUGAGUCCCACUGCGGUAGAAUGAGGGUAAGAGUGAAAGAGAGAGCCAGGAAGCAUUCGAGCCGCCAGCCUUUCGCACGCCACCCAGGACCCAUCGCUUUCUGAAGGAGGCAAGAAGAGGAAUCCACCGUGGAGGCGAGAAGGAGAAGGAGGAGGGGGGCUGAGGAGGAGGAAGCCAGAGGUUCUACACACAAGAUGGCUGCUGUGUCCUCUGCCUCUGACACUGGUAAGUGCUUUUUUUUUUUUAACAUCCUUUGCUACACACCUCUCAUCAGGUUCCUUUUCAUUACCAUUCAGCCAGUCACAGCAAUCGAGGAGAACUCUCCACGGUCUGUAUCAAACACCUACAAUAGUGAGACACUGUUGCUUGAGUCAGUUCCUCCUGUUUGGCAGCCCUCCUAAGUUUGAAAUAAAUCACCAAACUUCCUCUUCUCACAUUCCAUUUUUACAUCCUGUCAUCAGCACAGCACAAACAUAUUUCCGCUUGCUAUCUCUUGAAUAUCCAUGCUCUUCUGCUGCACUGUUUCUAGAAACAUUUACCCUUGUUGUGUAACUUUUACUGAGAGUAAAUCAUAUUCUGUCCACAUGCCCUUCUCUCUGGAGGGGAUCCAAGGUUCCUCCUAUUUGGCAUGUUUUUUUCCAAAGCUUAGGAAGGUGGAAAACAAAAGAGAGGCAUGAUGGGAAGGGACAGAAGAGAGUCUGGGAUGAAUGAAAGAUAAGGCAGGUGUAGUGUAGAAAGGAGCAGGGAUGAAAGAAAAUUUGAAGAAGGAGGUCAGAAUUGAUGGAGAGAGAAGAGAAAUAAAGAGGAGAGAUGCAAAAGUUUCUACAAAAGUACUUCAGUGGCGAGGCAGUCAUCCAGAGAUAAAACAGAAGAUGAAACAGAGUCAGGAAAAGAUGUUUCCACCUGGGACAACCUCAAGCGUAAUCUCUCACUUUGUGUUUCAACAGGUGACCCCAGGGGCCGACACCCUCCAGAGCGGAGGCUCCUGCUCCUAGGAGGGCCGCAUUCUGGUAAGACCUCCACUGCCAACACCAUCCUAGGUGAUGAGGUCUUCGACGCAGGGACAGAGACCACUCACAGCAACGUGGGUCAGACGGAGAUCUACGGUCGUCGGGUCACUGUGGUCGACACCCCGCCAUGGGCCAUUCCCUCCGAUCCUGACGACAGCGCAGAAACUGACAACAACGACAAUGCUGGAGCCGAGUCCAACACCCCGCCUCAGCCUCCGCCGAGCCUGGACAGCGAGGGUCCAUGCAUGGGGGCCAUUCUCUGCCCUCCUGGACCCCACGCUAUCCUGCUGGUGGUGUCAGUCACGCAGCCUUUCACGGAGACACAGAGGAGGGCGGCAGAGGAGCAGCUGGGGGCUCUGGGUGGAGGGACCUGGAGGUACUCAAUGGUGGUUUUCACAGGGGUGGACAAGCUGCCUAAAGGGGUCUUCAUCGAGGAGCACAUUGCAAACACUGGAGAGUCCCUGCAGUGGUUGGUGGAGAGAUGUGGAAGCAGGUACGCUGUCUGUUUUACUCUCUUUUCCUCUGUCUGUUCAUUCAUAAAAAACAGUUAAACAAAGAAACAUGUUGCAAUCAGGACUUAAUCAGUCCAGCUGCAACAACCGCAAAAUUAUUACCAGAUCUUUUGGUGGGAGCAACAGAGUAGUAGCAUUUCUUCUCACUGUGUUUUCCCACAGUGGCUUCUUUCCUAUAACUUCAUUAUCAGGGUGGGAAGCUAGAAAGGGCUGACAAUUUUGUAAUUACAGUAUGUUUUCCAGAUUCCAGUUAAGUUGUACCAUUUUACAGCUUCUAAGGAACUUGACACUUAAAACAAUACAUUUGAUAAUAAAUCCCCUUACAUACCGUUAGACAGCAGCUAGCAUUAGCAUUUAACCUUGUCUUCACCACAGUUUAAAUAUGAGGUUUAAAGACUUAAUAGGGAUCUAAAGCUACUGUCAAGUUAACACAACAAAUCCUCUAACCCCCUUGCUAAUUUUAGAAAACAGCUGAUCCUACGUCCAACCUCUUCCUCGGAAAAUCAGAAAAUGGAAGCUAUGGGAACAAGAAAAUAGCUUAAAGGGCAAUUACACAUAUUUUAUACUUUGUAGAUUUUUAAAGGAGUACAGAUGGAUAGAUAAGUCAAAGAUAAUCGUUAUCUUUCAAUUCAAACAGCAUGCUAGAUCAUUCUUAGGUUUUCACAGUCAAAGUCACAGUCAUCCACUAAAUCCAGAAAUUAAACUUAUGUCAAGAUAAUACACAAAAAUAAGGCCAGCAUUUUCACCCAAGUUUACCAAGUAGGUUUUUAUGAGGUGUAAUAGUUAAUACUUUAUAUUCCAGACUUUCAAGGUGAAUGUGAUUUUGGCCAUCAGUAAGUGGAAUAACGUUUGAAAUUAGAGUUUUUACAUUUUUAUUAGAUUAAAUCCUCUGUAAAGAUAUUUUUAGCUUAGAAUCCAGUAAUACUAAAAACAUAAAGUAAGAAGUGACUGAAUGCCAUUUUUAGCUGCUGUCUUUUGGAAUUCCCCCUGUGUGACUAUUAAAGGAAUAUCUUCUCUUAUGUUGUGGUGGCUGAUGAGUUAACUAUAGUGUUGAUACCCUCCAGGACUUUCCCUUCAACUAAAAAUGAAACAAAAAUAAGUUUCCUUCCCUACAUUUAUUCAAUUUGUAAUCUGACACUCAGCAUUAAGACACUACGGCAGCAUUUUGCUCCCCACCUUAAGUACCACACCGGUGGAAAAUGGCGUAUUAUGAUUUAAGCUUCAAUAAUGCCUACAUCCAGAGUAUCACACCUUCUCCUAAAAACUGCAUGUCUUAAGCUUAAGCUUAUAUACUCCCAGUGACAUCUUCGGGGUUACUCGUAACGUUGGUAAGCUCCCUAAAGAGACACAGGGGAUGUUAUAUAACUGUUUUCACCGCCUGAUGAGUUAAAUUAAGGUUGAUAGGUCUCUCCAGCUGAAUAAAAGAUGAAUAAAAGUAAAAGUUAUUGUAUUAAAACUAGUGCUGUGGCCCUUUAGUAAUAGCAUUUGCACUACCUGCAGAUACCACGCCUUUGACAACACUCGGAAAGAGACAGAAGACAACACACAGGUGCCUGAGCUGAUGGAGAAAGUGGAGGAGUUGAUCACUGACAACCAAGGUUUGUUUGUUUUUACGUAACACGACACCCAAUGUAGAGCAUCACCUCUGCAAUUUUAAUAUUUUGAUCUUGUAUUAUUAAUGAAUACACCAAGUCUGUUUUGAACCUGAUUAAAAACAAUGAAUAAUUCAGUGUUGAUGUCUUGCAGGCUGGUACUUUGAGGUGAACGAGCUGAUUUUACUGGAAGAGGAGCAGGCCAGGAGAGCUCUGGAGGAAGAGAGAAUGAGAAUGGAGGAGCACACCAGACAGAGGGAGCAGAUGAUUGGAGGACCUCCCAGAGGUAUGAGGAAGCAGCAGCUGCGCUCUGAGUGGGCUUGUGUGUUUUUCUCUAGAAUUGCAGUGAUGCUGUUCUUGGGAAAUUCCAGGGCUGGUGUUCUCAGAAAUAGCUUACUCAUCGUCAAUCAAUAAUGCUGAUUUUCAGUUUCUUUGCUUCAAUUCUAAACGGUUUAUCACCCAACACAUUCACUCUGCAGCCAUUUUCCUCUGAUAUCAUGUUUUAGUGGAGGGGGGGGGGGGGGGCUUUAAUGCUGUAAUGAUGUCAUACUGCUGUUUCAGACUGUAGGCUGUAAGCUUGUUGGGUAUUUAUAAAACUUUGUUAUUCUAGCUGUCAUGGACUGAUGAGCAAUUAAAAAGACAAUAGAUGGUGGAAAUCCAGAGAGAACUCUUGCCAUGUUGGUAGCUGCUGUCUGAGGUUGGCUAAUGGAUGGGUUAAAACAACGCAUUUGCCUCAUUUGCUCCUCAUCUAUCAUAUGACACCAACUCAUUUUACCCACCUUCUAGCUGACGUUAGUAGGUGGUAUCAGGUCAGAUCUCCAUGAUGUUAGCUUGGACUUUAUUUCCUGCUGUUAUUAAAUGCUAACAUAUGUUUAACUUAGCUAACCAAAAUAGCAUCUAUCAUUAGAUUUGAGCAACUUUUUAGCUAAAAUUAGCCAGUAACUGCAAAUACAAACAGGUUUGAAAAGCACGGGUGUCUGUUUGUUGUAUCUGCCAUGCUAAUAUUAGCUGUUGUCUUUGCAUAUUUUCACUUAAAUCAAAUUCAACUUUAUUUGUAUGGCACUUUUCAGACAAAAAAUAUAGCUCAAAGUGCCUCACAGACAGAGCCUCAAUGGGGCCCUAAGCAAAUUUUGAUUUUGGGGCCCUUUAUUUCUGCCAGUGAUAUUGAUUGUUGAUCAUUCACACACCUUCACAAAUCUCUUUGAUUAACAUUCCAUGACAUGCAAACAUACCUUUAUCUUGGCGUUUUUUCUCUUCUUGCAUUUUCUUUUCUCUGCUCCUGAAGUAUGUGUCCUUUUUUGUGACAUUUUUUCGCCCCACAACUACCUGCUCUUUGGAUGCUCAGUGCACAUUUCACAGCAGAAGGCACAUAACGGUAGCGGAGCUUUGACAUAUCGUCAGUAAGAAUCAAAGGCCUACAGAAGCAGCAGCACUAAAACGUUUUUACUUUACUUAAUUUUAUUUUUACAAUAAUAUAUAUUUGAUUAAACAGAAAGCAUCACUCAUGCAUUCAAAAGACAAAAAAAAAAAAUAAAAAAAAUUAAUUGCUCUUGCGGGCCCCUAUUGGCCGCAGUGCCCGAAGCAGGCGCUUAGUAUACCUUGGGCCAGCCCUGCUCUCAGAGGCUAAAAACAACAAUUAAACAACAAUAAAACCCCACCCAUGGACCCACACACAGACACACACCCACCCUCACAUACACACACACACAAGCACACACAGUUUGAGAAUUUAAGAUAUAUUGUCAAAGAGACAUGGCCUGACACCAAGACAUUGCAUGAGGAAAGAUCUACCUUUAGGAAACACUGAAGAUAAAAGAUAAAAAAAUAGAAUAAAAUAAAUAAAUAAAUAAUAGUAAAAAGAAAGACUAAAACCUGAUGGACUAAAACAAGAAAAGAAAAUGAACAAAUAAGAGCUCUUUACCAUACAAAAAGGGGUAAAAGAAGUAAAAACAUCGAAGGCAGGAGUUAAGAAAAAGACUAAGAACAGAAAUAAAAGAAAUAUAAAAAGGCAAUCAGUAAAAAGCCUGGUCAAAAAGGUGAGUCUUGAGCCUCUUCUUAAAAACAUCAACAGUCUCUGCGGCCUUGAGGCUGUCCGGCAGGCUGUUCCACAACUGGAGACCAUAGAAACUAUCACUUGUCCUUUCAGUUGCUCAUUUGUUCAGAGCCCUAAAAUUACAACAAUCAUCAAGUACAUUUAUUGGAUUUCAAACCCACAGUACAGUUGUGUAGAGGAAGAUUAAAAGAGCCAGUUCUCUCAUGUUUUUAUCUCUCAUUAUCUAAUACCUUCUCUGUCUGUCUCUCUGUGUUUACAGAGUUGAGGUUACUCUUGUUAGGCUGGAAGGGCGUUGGAAAGAGCUCUGUUGGGAACUCCAUCCUGGGCCGUCGAUACUUUGAGUCAGGCCAGGAGACUGAGCUGUGCCUUCGGCGGCAGGCGCUUGUAUCUGGUCGCCGGGUCACCAUCGUCGACACCCCAGGCUGGGAUUGGUUCUCAGUGAGGCGAACCCCAAAGCGUAUCCGUCAAGAGUCCCAGCGAGGCGCCGCCCUCCUACGACCUGGACCCCACACCCUGCUGCUCGUCCUCCCUGUGGUCUCGUCCCUCACUGCCAGGAAGAGGAGGACGCUCCUGGCGCACAUAGAGACUCUGUUCGGUGACAGCGCGUGCCUCCACACCAUGGUGCUCUUCAGCUGUGGUGAUUGGUUGGGCCGCACACCCAUCGAGGAGCACAUCCUUAGAGGUGGCCGAGAGCUGCAAAGACUGCUUGAAUACUGUGGGAACUAUUACCACGUCCUGGACAGUAAAACUCCGGGGAAGGACCGGAGUGUGUCUGUGCUCCUGGAUAAGAUAGAGGAGAUGAUAAGAGAGAACGGAGACAAGGCUUUCCUCCCUAUUCAGACUGAAUGGCGUAAGUUUCAUCAUUUUAUUGUCAUGUCUAUAAUUUAAAUGGCAGUUUGGAUAAAUGAAAUACACUGCAUGAAACUGAUGUGUUACACUGACAGUAUUUUCACUCUUGUUCCAAGUUGUGCCCUUACUUACACAGUGAAAUUAAAUUAUACAGCUUUCCAGUAUCAGAAAACAGCAUUACACCUCAGAACGUAAUAAGUACUCACUGCAUUAUAUACUAAUUUACAUAUUCCACGAGAGAUUAGUGGUUUUAAGCAUUAUAAGAGUUCAGCUCCAGGAUUUAUAGCGCAAGUGUGUCAUGCAUGCUGUUCAACCCCAUUUCAUCAGUUCAGGGUGCAAGCAAACCAUCGUUAUGUCAUCACUCGCUUCCUUUGAAAGCCAGGUGCACUUGAAGGCAAACGCGGAGCUUUAAAUGCAGAUUUUUUCUUUUUUUUGUCUUUUUUCUACAUAGACUUGAGCUUCAUAGGCACUCAGGCUUGUAGUCCUCUCUUUUUCCAGUGUGCACCUGUACACACAGGAUGCAUACAGGCAUUUUUUCCAAAUAUUACUAUGCACAGGUUGAGACUUUGUGCGCUGCAGUGAUUGCACAAUGCAAAAAAAGCAAGUAACACUAUGUUGACUGCUUUGAGAAAGUGCACUAAUGUUUAGCAGAGGAACAGCAGUGCUGCAGAGCGUUUAUGUGCAGGCAGUAAACAGAUAAAUUAUAAACAUCUCCUGCUUCUCUAAAAAGCAAGAAAACACCUUUAACUUGUACCAGGUUUAGUCAGUCAGUCAGUGGUGCAGUUGUUUUCUCCUGCUCUAAGAUAGCGAUGCAACACCAAUGCGCCUGACCACACCUCAUUCUGAGACUGAUGUGCCCGCGGGUGCACAGAUGGGUGCAAAUAAAUUGACUGUUAAAACAACAAGAGAGCUAGGUGUGAUAUUGAAAACUGUCAGCAUCACUCUGCAUUGUUUUUUAUGUGUGUUAGACAGAGCUCCUGAUGUUUACAAAUCUAAUUUCAUACUAUACGUCUGUCUAAUUGAAUUUCGUUGCAUUUGACAGUGAGCGAGGAGAGCUCUUACUCCUCCGACAACACUGAGCCCGAGGACGACUGUCGAGGAUGCCAGCUCCAGUGACACGACUGAAUCAAAAGAAAAGCCGUCCAGCUUUUCCUCCUUGCUUUGAGCCUUUAAAAAGGCUUGAACGUCACUUUAUGUCACUGAAACCUCAUCAAGAUUUCCUGACGAGUUUGAGGAAAAACAGAAGUUUCCAACAAGAGACUCUUUGUUAGAAAUGUGAAGACUGAACUCACCGAUCACUGAGCAAAUCUGGAGCCAGACUGAAAAAGCACGUCAGAGACAAAAUGUUCCAAACACUCUCCUGAAAUACAUGAGGAGGAGGAGGAGGAGGAGAAACAUACUGCUUCAGCUUCAGGGGACCAGAGCUCGAUCCCUUUUCAUGAGCAUGUACACAGACAUCAACUGCUGCUAACUAGUCCCUGUUUCAAAACUGCAAAAGAAGAACCACUCCUUUACAUUCAGGCUGCACUGAUAAACAAAAAAGAUGAGGAGUUACAUCAAAAUCAAAAGGGAAAUGUGUAAAAAAAAAACAAAAACAAAAAAAACUAUGAUAUCAUGAGCAGUCAGGACUUGUGUCUGCUGUAAUUAUUGAUUAUCAAAAUAGAGUGAGAAAAUGUCUAUGUAAGACUUGGAGUACAUUUUAUUAUACGGUUGUACUAUUCUGCAUCAAGUGCCAUUUCUGUCAUUCAGUUUUAAUUAGUUUGAAUCAUAGUAAAAGAUUUGAUUAAUAGCAACCAAUUAUAUUUGAAGACUAUAUGAGAAAUAGAAGUAAGACGAUUGUGUUGUUGCCCCAUUGUGUACUAAAUGGGAGUAGAGUUUUGACUUAUACUAGUGCACCUUUGGAUGUGAAAUAUCUGAUUACGAAUAUGAGAGAUAGUGAAAUGUUUUCAUUAACACUAAGCUGGUUUCUGCUCAGGGAGUCAGGGUAGAAAUGUUUCCACCAGGGGGAAAAUCUGGAACAUUUAUAGAUAUGCAGAUGAGUGCGAAUUACAAAACUGCAGAUGUAAGCCACAUAUUAAUUCAUAUUAGUUUUUUGUGUGUUUGAUUUCGUUUCUGGGAGUAAAAGGGAAUCCGUGUUUGCACUUUGCUUAAUUUUGUUGAUUCUCUCGUGCUAAGAAGAUAAAUGCAACCCCCUCCAAAGCAGCAGAUACUCAGCAUUUCUUCUCAGCCCUCCUCUGCUGUAGCAUUCAUGCACAUGAGUAGCUCUAAAAAACAGUCAGGCUGAACCGAAACUGUGUGCGGUCUCAGAUCCCUGCGGAGCAGCUCAGGCUGGCUGUUAGCGUUCAUGCAUCCAGUGCAUUUAUCGACAAGGUAGAUUCAGCAACGUGCCUCAGCAUCAAAGCGUGUGAGUGGGAGUACAGCCCUGCAGUGGGGGGUGGUAUCCUAUAGGCUACAUCAGGCUUUAGCAUGCUACUGAAACAACAUAACCUCAUGAACCAUUGGAGCUCACAUAGGGCUUUUCCUACCUUUUCUACAUCAUUGAGACUCCUUUUUCUCACAUUAAUAGAGAUGUUUUGAGAAAUAAAAAAAUAUAUAUUCAGCUCUCAGAGGCAUGUUAAGACACCGCAUGCAAAUAAACGAGUGCCUAUAGAGUUGAAGGCAACCUCACUCCUUAUCCUCUAACUCUUGCCUAAGCAGGUCUAUUUGGGGAUUUCUGGUACACCAUCACAUCCUUCUACCUUUAUUGACUGUAUUCACACGGUGGUCAUUUUGUGCUGAUGUCACACUCAGGAAAGAAGAUUUAAUGCUCUAAUAAUGCUGGGAUACAGGUCGUUAGGGGUUAAAAAUGUGUUGUACAAGUUUAUUGGUUACAACUAGCUCUCAUGGAUUUUACCAACGACUGGAAGGAUGACAGAAAGAGAAAAUGUUAAGGGUCACAGAGCCCCCUUUUGAGCUACUACAACAUAUGAAACAAUCACCUGUAGGGCAGCCACCUUCCACCAGCAGCUUUUGUCGAUACUGUACUCUCCGGGUGUUAAAAAAAAGCACUAAUGGCAUUUUGUAACGCUGUGAAAUUUGCUGGUCUUGCAAUCUAGAAAACAGUAUGUGGGCUGUGUCUUAUCGAACUAGCAUUUAACCACUUAACCAGAGCCUUACCAGCACAGGCAUGUGGAUUUUAACCUACAUGGACUGAGGCAGUGGUUCUCAAGUCCAGUCCUCGAGGCCCACUGUCCUGCAUGUUUUGGAUGUUUGGAUGCGACCACACCUGAUUCAAAUGAUGAGCUCGUUAUCAAGCUCUGGAAUGGCUUAAUAACGAGCUGAUCAUUUGAAUCAGGUGUGUUGGAGCAGGGAAACAUCCAAAACAUGCAGGACAGUGGGCCUCGAGGACUGGACUUGAGAACUACUAGACUGAGGGAUGGUGGUGCCAAUUUUACUAAUGUCAGCCACUGGGGCUCAACUUUAAUUCCUCUGAUGUUUCCUACUCUUAGUUAGAAGGCUGAAUUUUAAAGAACUAAGAAAUAAAACACUAAAUAAAACAUCCCUGGUAGACAAGCCAACCCUUUGACUAACAACUGUGAAUAUAGCCAUACAAAUAUCAAAACAACUUUGAAACCUACUAUCCUGAGUGUGAUAUUAGAGGAAAUGGCCCCGUCUGAAUACGGUCAAAGCAAUUGCAAAAAAUAAAAGAGAAAGUGGAAAAAACAGAAUUUACACUCUGAAAGUUACAAAUACAAGCAUAUAAAAUAUGUGACCGAUACCACUGCCAUGCUCUACUAUGUUAUUUUCUACAAAAGCCUAUAAGAGAAACCCCACCCAUGCUUUCCUUAUGCUUUACUGACUCUGUGCUUCAUCUAGUGACGUAGGCUACCGCAGCACUUAGUGUGACGAGCAUGACUUUACAAUUUGAUAUGAAAAAAAUGUUUCAGACAUUUAUUUGGAGUCUUAGAGUCCUAAAUCACCUGUGAAUAUAUCGUAUAAGCUGUGCAUAUUUACAGUGUCAAAAUAUGUCACAUUGUGGCGCUUUUAGCAAAGCAUUUUUGCACUGUGUAAGUUCUACCACUUUACUGUAGCCAAAGUGACGUCACUUCCUGUGUGUUCCUGCCUAAACCGUGAUUGCGUCAUCAGUUCUUUACCCAUCAUCAGAAGAAAAUAAAAGAGAUGGAUAUAUUGUUGUGUAGUUUU